GGCCUCCUGUGCCCAGGUGGCCAGCAGAACACCCAAAAGCCAUUUAGAGAAAGGAGGACUUUUACUCUGCCCGUCAGUCUCUACAGGCAGCGGUAGGCAGCUGAGUGGUCCAGGCUUGCAGGUUCUAUCCUCAGGCCAUUCCAAGCUCAUCCAGGCCGACUCUUUGGGCGCCUCUCGUUGAGUAGAGAUGGGGGCUGGAGGCAGCGCAGAGGCUAAGCACUCCAAGGAGCUGGAGAGGAAGCUGAAGGAGGAUGCUGACAUAGAUGCCAGGACGGUCAAGUUGCUGCUGCUAGGUGCUGGUGAGUCAGGCAAGAGCACCAUUGUCAAACAGAUGAAAAUUAUCCACAAAGAUGGUUACUCCCUGGAAGAGUGCUUGGAGUUCAUUGUCAUCAUCAACAGCAACACGUUACAGUCCAUCAUGGCCAUCGUGAAGGCCAUGACUACUCUCAAUAUGGGCUAUGGAGAUCCUGCUACAUCAGAUGAUGCCAGGAAGCUGAUGCACUUGGCUGAUACUAUUGAGGAGGGCACAAUGCCCAAGGAGAUGGGCGAACUCAUCAUCAGGCUGUGGAAGGACACAGGCAUCCAGGCAUGCUUCGACAGGGCAUCUGAGUACCAACUAAACGACUCUGCUGGAUACUAUCUAAAUGACCUGGAUCGGAUAGUUCAGCCUGGCUAUGUUCCCACUGAGCAGGAUGUGCUGCGUUCUCGAGUAAAGACCACUGGUAUCAUUGAGACCACGUUCUCCCACCAUGACCUCCAUUUCAGGAUGUUUGAUGUGGGCGGCCAGCGCUCCGAGAGGAAGAAGUGGAUCCACUGCUUUGAAGGUGUGACCUGCAUCAUCUUCAUCGCUGCUCUCAGUGCUUACGACAUGGUGCUGGUGGAGGACGAUGAAGUGAACCGAAUGCAUGAGUCCCUCCACUUGUUCAACAGUAUCUGCAAUCACCGUUACUUCGCCGCCACCUCCCUUAUUCUCUUCCUCAACAAGAAAGAUGUCUUCGUAGAGAAGAUUAAGAAGGCCCAUCUUAGCAUGUGCUUCCCUGACUAUGAUGGUCCCAAUACCUAUGAGGAUGCUGGUAACUACAUCAAGGUCCAGUUCCUUGAUCUCAACCUGCGGAAGGACAUCAAGGAGGUCUACUCCCAUCUGACUUGUGCCACUGACACAGAGAACGUCAAGUUUGUGUUCGAUGCCGUCACCGACAUUAUCAUCAAAGAGAACCUCAAGGAUUGUGGUCUCUUCUAAAGAGGGACAUACCCUUGGCAGGCAGGAGAGAGGCAGGUGACUACAAAUCCCUCCUGCAUCAUGUUUCCCUACCCAUCUUCUCCAGAGGUCAGAAGACACCAUCUCACUGUUUGACCCCCACCACAGACACACACACACACACACAAACAGAAACAUGACCCCAAACACUAAAAACAAACAAAGAACUAUGGUUUCCAUCAAGGUGUAUAACCGUAAGGCUUUAUUUGCACCAUGAGAUGACGAGGUAAUGUCAAAAGACACAUUACUGGUCACAUGUAGUAUUUACAGAGAGCAAUGCUGCUAGUUCCUUAUAGACUGUGGAAUGGAAACUGGUGUAUCUGUAGAAUAUUCUUUCAGGAGUGUGCGUCUAUGUAUGUCAUAGGUGUUUGAUUUUUUCAUCAAUUAAUUAAUUAAAAUGGUUGACUGGGCCUGCUUAAUCCAGGAGAUCACUUAGUUACACAUGGCCAAAUGACCAACAACACCUGCACAUGCACUUCAGUUUGUAAUCUGAUGGAGAAACUGUGUAUUAAAGUUUAAUAAAAUAAUAAUCUCCCCGCCAUUGACACAUUA